GGUCGCUGCGCGCUUUGUCUGUUGACACGUUUGGUCUCUGUGCUUUGACGCAAGUUGUUUUCACUUUCUAUUUUUUUCGUUUGAGGAUUUGGACUGCAAGCAAGGUGGAUUUAGAUUUAUUUUGGCUUACGGUAUCACGUUUUCAGUUUAGUUUAGCCUAGUAAUGGUGUGGCAAGAACUUGUGCCGCACAUAGUAGAUAUUACGAAACAACCUCCAUUUUGAAGUCCUAAAGAGUCGGAACAACGUGUAGGCUACUGUCAGAGUGCACUGUCCUCUACAUGCGAUUGGUCAUGAACAUAUACGUGAAGGACAACACUCAAAUGCAAAGAACAUGACUGCAAUAACAUACUUAUCUGUGGGACCCUAAACAUGCUCCAGCCACUGAGGAUUCUCUUCAGACCCAAGUGGAUGGUCUCACGGUCCUCCGCCAGCUAUGUGUCCAGGAUGAGGUACUUGAAUAAGAUAAAGGAGGAGGAUGAGGCGUGUCGAGCAGCAUUGCAGUCUGGGAAUAUUUUCCUCUAUCACAAACUGGCUCCUCUACUGCGGUGGACUGACAGUGGAAUAUACCAGCUCCCAGCUCUCCAGACCAAAGAUGUAGAAGAGAUUCUGGAAAAGCUUGGAGAGGACAAGGAGAUGGUGAAGGAAUCCAUUCUCAUCAACUGCACUGAACAGAACGAAGCACAGUUCUCCUUUGAUGUUGGGGCGAUAGAGCAGGCUGCUGUGGAGGAGCUGUGUAGAGGAACCUUCGUAGACCUGAGGAAAGCCUUCUUCCUACUGAGAGGGUCUGAGGCACCGCUUGUAGCCAGAGGGCAGGCUCUCCUUCGCUGGCACCAGACCAAUGGCUUCUGCAGCUCCACUGGGCAGCCCACCCAAAGGAACCAGUCUGGCAGUCAGCGUGUGUGUCACAGCAGUGGGAUCACUUAUUACCCUAAGAUGUCUCCGGUGGUGAUCGUACUGGUGUCUGAUGGGAAACGGUGUUUGCUGGGGAGGCAGUCCACCUUCCCACGGGGGAUGUACAGUGCACUGGCAGGCUUCUGUGACAUUGGUGAGACCAUGGAGGAGGCACUCCGCAGGGAGAUAGCUGAGGAGGUGGGGCUGGAGGUAGAGUCUAUCCAGUACUCAGGCUCUCAGCACUGGCCCUUCCCACAGAGCUCCUUCAUGGUGGCCUGUCACGCCACCGUCAACCCAAACGAGACACAGGUCAGUGUGGAUAAGGUGGAGUUAGAGGAUGCACGGUGGUUCAGCCUAGAGGAAGUCCAAGAGGCGCUGACGAUCAAGGCACCACCACGGAACAACAAAGGAGAACCUACUGUGUUCUGGGUCCCACCAAGCUAUGCCAUAGCUAACCGGUUGAUCCAGGAAUGGGCCAAUCUACAACACCUCAAAUCAUAGCCAGAUGGGUGGACAACAGACAGCAUCAAAGCUGCAAAUACAACACACAGAUGAUUUUAGAAGACCAGGCAGGAACACUGUACUGUUAAGUGCUUGGUAACACACACAGACGGGAAUGAAACAUACAGGUCCAGAGUAGACAUGGGGGGAACUGACAGGAAAUACAUCUCACUUGAGGGAAAAAAAGUGUUUGACCAGGACAUUGUGUUUCAAUAGAUACUGUAAUACCAUCAAAGGGCUUGGCUUAUAGCUAACAUUUUUUAUUCUUAUUAUAUAUAUAUAAAAUAUGUAAAGGACA